AUGUCAAUUCAUAAAACCAAUCCAACGUUUAAUGAUUUGUUAGAAAGAAUAACCACCGAAGAACAUAUCAUACAUUAUGAAAUUUCAGAAUUCAAAAAUUUACAACCAAUAGGAAGUGGUUCAUUUGGAAGUGUCUUUCGUGCUAAUUGGAAAAAUACUGAUAAAUAUUUCGCUCUAAAAAGGUUUAAUAACGAUAAAACGACGCUAAAAGAGGUUGUCAACGAGAUAAAAUUACAUAAGAGAGUUGAUUUUCAUGAAAAUAUUUUGCAGCUCUAUGGAAUCACAAAAAUAGAAGAAACUGUUCAACAAACAUACACACUGGUUUUGGAAUACGCUGACAGUGGUACAUUAACAACUUAUUUAAAUGAGCAUUUUAACGAGCUUAAAUGGAAUGAUAAAUAUCAGUUAGCAUUGCAACUAGCCAGUGCGAUAGCGUAUAUGCAUGAAUGUGAUAUUAUUCAUUGCGAUCUGCAUUCAGGUAAUAUACUUAUGCAUCGGAAAAAGAUAAAAGUAGCAGAUUUUGGUUUAUCAAGAAAAAUUUCUUCGUCAAGUAAUCCGUCAAAACUAUUUGGUGCAAUACCUUAUAUGGAUCCAAAAGCUUUAAAUAAAGAUCUAAAUUAUAAAUUAAAUAAAAAAUCUGAUGUAUAUAGCGUUGGAAUUUUAAUGUGGCAAAUUUCAAGUGGAUAUUUACCGUUUUCUACAAAGUCCGCUAAUUAUGAUGAACGUUUUAUCUUCAUAUCUAUAAUAAAUGGUAAACGAGAAGAAAUUAUUGUUGGUACUCCCGUUAAUUAUAGUAAUUUAUAUACAGAAUGUUGGAGAUAUGAACCAAAUGAACGUCCAAAUAUGCAAGAUGUUGUUUCAGAACUUAAAACAAUAAUUUCUUCUGAAAAACAUGAUAUAGUUAUUGAUUUUAUUAAUGAAACGGAGAAUAAUUCAUUUAAUUCAUUUGAAAUACAUAAAAUAGCUUCUAGAUCAAACAAAGGAACUUUAGACUUAAAUGAUGAAUUAAUGUUAUCAAAUAAUAGAUUGAAUAUUAAUAAUAUUGAUAGUAAAAAUAGCUAUAUACGGUAUGAUUGGAUUUUGGAUUUAUUUAAAAUUUUAUGGAUAAUAUUUUUAACAAAAUCAUACAAAAUCAAACAAAAUGAGAGAAAUAAGUUGGGCCCUUUUUCAUUUCUUCGAUUUCUUAUUUUUGCCAUUUGCUUUGUAUUAAUUAGCUGGGCAUAUUUGAAUCAUAGUACUAUUAUAAAUGAAAAAUUUUUAAUGGCAUUAAUUAUUAUAUUCUAUUAUUUGGCAUAUUACCAACUUGUAACUGAAUUGUUACAGUUUAAUUAUCUUGGACUUAAAAAAUAUUUUGGUAAAAUAUUUAACAGUUUUGACAUGAUUUCCAUUGUACUAUCGGUAGCGGUAAUGACAAAAUUGCUUAAAAAUUUUCAAAUUUCUGAUGGUUUUGAAAGUGUUAUAGAAUCUGAUACUGCGGGAAUAUCAUUCUCUAUUUUCCUGCUUUGGAUCAAACUGAUUUUAUACCUUCGAAAAAUAUCAAAUAUUGGCAUCUAUAUCUAUCGCGUCACAAUUAUUUUCAAGAAAAUAUUUCCGUUCUUCUUAUUUAUGUUAAUUGUUAUACUUGCAUCCGCACAUACAAUGUUUAUUUUACUUAGAGAUACUAAGAAUAUUAAAAUAAAAGAAACGACAUACACCGGUAGUGCCGCAGAUGUUGUUACAGAUACAACGUUCAAUUUCGAACUUGAAACCCUACGUCUAAAGGAGAUAGUUUCCAUUCUUUCCGAGAACAUUAGCAUUUCCAAAAGCAAUACAAAGCUGAUAGAUACAACAUUUGAUAUCGAACUUGAAAUCCUACGUCUAGAGAUAGGGAUGGUUAGGUCGGUCCUGGUCCGGUCUUGGUCCUAGGACCUUCAAGUCCUAUUGAACGGACCCGCGGACAGGUCCUAGCAUAAAGAGUCCUAGGACUUAAGUCCUAUCAGGUCCGGUCCAGGACCAGGUCUCUGGACCUGGUCCUGAACUUUAAGUUCUUAUGAUAAUUAUUUAAUUUAUUAUAGAUAUACAUAAUAAUUUAAAUUUUAUUCGGGAUAAAUCAAUGAUAAUCUUUUAUUAUAUGUAGUAAAAAAAUGUAAUUCAAUAUAAUAUU